UAGGGUGUUUUACAGAUUCGACAUCAUCUGGUUUCCCUAGCGUAGGAACUCGGAGCGAAGAACUUUACAUAGAACACUUUGAAUUACUUUGCUCUACCAGAACUCUAAGAUAGCAAUUUGAAUCUUGUAAUGUAACAGGUUCCUCAACAAAGCCCUGCUUGCACCAAACGGCUCAAAGGAAGAUGGGAAUGUAUGCAGCCUCAGUGAUGUUGAAGGAGCUAAGGCAUUACUUAGGCUUGUUCCCGUAUGGACUUCAUGCCUAGUAUUUGCUGUCGUGUUUGCGCAGAGAUCAACUCUCUUUACUAAGCAAUCAGUUACGAUGGAUAGAUCGAUUUCACAAGGUAUCGAUUUUCCAGCGGCUUCACUUCAAUUCUUUAUGAACCUCUCCAUUGCACUCUUCAUUCCAAUAUAUGACCGUGCCUUUGUUCCCUUAGCAAGAUCUUUAACCAGAAAACCCUCUGGCAUUGCAAUGCUUCAGAGAAUUGGAACUGGUAUUUUUUUACCUGUCAUGACUAUGGUCAUUGCUGCUCUCGUUAAGAUGAAGAGGCUCAAAACUGCCCAAGAACAUGGACUGGUUGAUCUGCCAGAUGUGACGAUUCCAAUGAGUGUUUGGUGGUUAAUCCCUCAAUAUGUCUUGCUUGGCAUUGCUGAAUCGUUUACCAUGCUGGGCUUGCAAGAAUUUUUCUAUGAUCAGGUCCCCAGUGACCUGAGGAGCGUUGGUAUUUCACUUAACCAUAGUAUCUUUGGUACUGGAAACUUCGUAAGCAGCUUCCUUGUAUCUGUCAUUGAGAAAGCAACUGGUGGGAAUAGCCGAUACAGCUGGUUUGAUAAUAAUCUGAGUCGGUCUCAUCUUGAUUACUUCUAUUGGCUACUAGCUGGGAUGAGCGUGGUGCAAAUGGCUUUCUACGUUUAUUCUGCAAAAUCUUACAUUUAUAAUAGGAGAGGUGCCGUGUAAAUAGAAUGUCUUCUUAUUGGUGACUGCAAUGGAUGAAACCAGAUCACUACCUGCAACAGGGGAGCAGCCUAAGAUGUAAAUUUCCUUCGUUUUACAAUUCAAAAUGUAAUAUUUAUGUGAAUGGAUGAACCGCUGCGUCGUUGUUGUUGGUCUA